UCCCACCCCCCGCGACUGCGGAGAAUGAGCCCCUCGGGCCGCGGAUCGCAGCCGGAGAGCCCACCCCGGUGAUUCCGGGCUGAGCUCUGCGCCGCCAGCAUGUCGGUGGCCUUCGCGUCCGCCCGGCCGAGAGGCAAAGGGGAGGUCACGCAGCAAACCAUCCAGAAGAUGCUGGAUGAGAACCACCACCUGAUCCAGUGCAUCCUGGAAUACCAGAGCAAGGGCAAGACGGCCGAGUGCACCCAGUACCAGCAGAUCCUGCACCGGAACCUGGUGUACCUGGCCACCAUUGCAGAUUCCAACCAGAACAUGCAGUCCCUGCUCCCAGCCCCACCCACCCAGAACAUGUCCCUGGGCCCCGGAGCACUGACGCAGAGCGGUUCCAGCCAGGGCCUGCACUCCCAGGGCAGCCUGAGCGAUGCCAUCGGCACUGGCCUGCCCCCGUCCUCCCUCAUGCAGGGCCAGAUCGGCAACGGUCCAAACCAUGUGUCCAUGCAGCAGACGGCACAGAGCACGCUGCCCACCACUUCUAUGAGCAUGUCGGGCAGUGGCCAUGGCACUGGGCCUGGCUACAGCCACUCGGGACCUGCCUCGCAGAGUGUCCCCAUGCAGGGCCAAGGCGCCAUCGGCAGUUAUGUGUCCCGGACCAACAUCAACAUGCCGUCCAACCCAGUGUCCAUGAUGCACCAACAGGCAGCCACACCCCACUAUAACUCGGCCCAGGGAGGGAGCCAGCACUACCCAGGUCAGACGUCCAUCGCCAUGAUGGGCCAGGGUGGCCAGGGGAGCGGCAUGAUGGGGCAGCGGCCCAUGGCGCCCUACCGGCCCUCCCAGCAAGGCUCAUCCCAGCAGUACCUGGGCCAGGAAGAAUACUAUGGCGAGCAGUACGGCCACAGCCAGGGGGCCGCAGAGCCCAUGGGCCAGCAGUACUACCCGGAUGGCCAUGGCGAUUACGCCUACCAGCAGUCGUCCUACACGGAGCAGAGCUACGAGCGGUCAUUUGAAGAGUCCACACAGCACUACUAUGAGGGCGGGAACUCCCAGUACAGCCAGCAGCAGGCUGGGUACCAGCAGGGCGCAGCCGCGCAGCAGACGUACCCCCAGCAGCAGUACCCCAGCCAGCAGAGCUACCCGGCACAGCAGCAGGGCUACGGGCCUGCCCAGGGAGCACCCUCACAGUACCCUGGCUACCAGCAGGGACAAGGCCAGCAGUACGGAGGCUACCGGGCAUCGCAGACAGGACCCUCCGCCCAGCAGCAGCGGCCAUACGGCUAUGAGCAGGCAAGCUUUCUGGAUGUCCCCAGACGUGCCCACCAGCUGUGUCUGUCAAGACAUAGUGAAGAUUUCUCUUAUGGUCAUGAGGAAUAAUGAGGUGGAACUAACUGGCUUCCAAGGUCUCCCCCAGAAUGUUAAUUCUCUGAG